AUUUGCUUCUUCCUUUUAUAUUCACUUAAAAUAAAAACUAUUAAAUUCCUCUAGUAAACGCCUUAUUUAUUUUAAUUCCAUCCAUCUUUUCUUUCUUGUUUUGUUCUUCUUCACAUUUUAGACUUACAAAGAAAAGAAUAUCGUUUAUUCUGAAGCUUUGUAUUUUUAUUUUUAUUUUAUUUUUCAGUAGGGAAGCCAAUAAUUCAGAAGAUGCUGUGAAUAACUUUAAAUCCAGUUCAGGUGCCUGAUAUUAAACCUUCAUCAAGUACAAAAUAUUUGUGAUAGCAUUCAUGAGCAAUCUCAAGCUAGGAGUGGAGGUUGUGAGGGGUCACAAUCUCAUGCCGAAAGAUGGGCAGGGUUCAUCCAGCGCCUUUGUCGAACUCCAUUUUGAUGAUCAGAAGUUUCGCACCACCGUCAAAGAGAAGGAUCUUAACCCAGAUUGGAACGAAACUUUCUACUUUAACAUAUCUAAUCCAAAUAAUCUAAAUAAUCUCUCUCUCGAAGCUUGUGUUUAUAACAGUGAAAAGACUACUGAUUCCAAGUCGUCCCUUGGGAAGGUUCGGAUAACUGGUACAUCAUUUCUCCCCUAUUCUGAUGCUGUUGUUUUCAAUUAUCCUUUGGAGAAGGCAACUAUUUUUUCGCGUGCGAUAGGGGAGCUUGGCCUGAAAGUCUAUGUAACAGAUGAUCCAUCUAUUAAAUCUUCAAUCCCACUUCGUGAAAUGGAUUCUACUUCAUAUUCAAGUUUGCACUCUGUCGAAGGUGAAGCGCCUUAUCAGAAAGUUGUAAAUGUCAUCUCAGACUUAUUAAGUGGUCGCAAAAAGGGGAAAACACGAACGUUUCACCAUCUUCCCAACUCGAGUUCCCAGCAACAACAGCUCCAGUCUUCUUCAACAUCCGAUCAACCAAUAAAGUACAGGGUGGAUGAUAUGGGUCAUGAAGCGCAUGCUCCACUAGUAGCCCACAUGUACCCAGGUUCAUCNGAUCAACCAAUAAAGUACAGGGUGGAUGAUAUGGGUCAUGAAGCGCAUGCUCCACUAGUAGCCCACAUGUACCCAGGUUCAUCCUCACAGCCUGCUGAUUAUCUUCUUAAAGAAACAAGCCCUUACCUUGGAGGGGGACAAGUUGUUGGCGGACAAGUGAGGCGUUCAGACAAACCAUCCAGCUCUUAUGACCUAGUCGAGCCAAUGCAGUUCCUCUUUGUACGAGUUGUGAAAGCACAUGAGCUUCCUUCCAAGGGUGUUACAGGUAGUCUUGACCCAUAUGUUGAAGUUAAACUUGGUAACUACAAAGGAGUCACGAAGCACUUUGAGAAAAACCAAAACCCCGAGUGGAACACAGUGUUUGCCUUCUCAAAGGAUAGAGUGCAGUCAUCUGUGUUGGAAGUUGUGGUUAAAGACAAAGAUAUGGUUAAAGAUGAUUUUGUGGGUAAAAUUAGGUUUGAUCUUCAAGAUAUUCCCAUGCGAGUUCCACCAGAUAGUCCUUUGGCUCCAGAAUGGUAUCGUCUAGAAGAUAAGAAUGGAAAGAAAAAGAAAGGGGAACUUAUGGUUGCUGUCUGGAUUGGCACACAAGCAGAUGAGACGUUUCCAGAUGCUUGGCAUUCAGAUGCAGUUAGCCCUGUUGAUAGCUCGGUAACUUCAACAUACAUCCGCUCUAAAGUCUACCAUUCCCCAAGAUUGUGGUAUGUACGUGUUAAUAUUAUUGAAGCGCAAGAUUUAGUUGUGGCUGAGAAGAAUCGAUUGCCAAAUGUACAUGUUAAGGCACAGAUUGGUAACCAGGUUUUUAAGACAAAACCUGUUCAGACACAAACUAUGAAUGCACAAUGGAAUGAGGAUCUGAUGUUUGUUGCUGCUGAACCAUUCGAUGAUUUUCUAGUACUCCUAGUUGAAGAUCGUGUGGGUCCAAACAAAGAUGAGAUUCUUGGUAGAGUUGUUAUACCACUGGCCACAGUUGAAAGACGUGCUGACAAUCGACUGGUCCACUCGAGAUGGUUUAAUCUUCAAAGAGAAAGUUCAACUGAGGUUGAGGAAUUGAAGAAAGAUAAAUUUGCUAGUAGGAUCCAUCUUCGUGUAAGCCUCGAUGGGGGGUACCACGUGCUUGAUGAGUCUACUCACUAUAGUAGUGAUCUUCGACCAACAGCAAAACAGCUUUGGAAGCCGCCAAUAGGUAUCUUGGAGCUAGGCAUUUUAAGUGCCAAUUCUGUUCACCCAAUGAAAACGAGAAAUGGUCAGGGAACAUCGGAUACAUUUUGCGUUGCAAAAUAUGGUCAGAAAUGGAUUCGAACUCGGACAAUUAUUGACAGCUUAAAUCCAAAGUACAAUGAGCAGUACACUUGGGAGGUGUUUGAUCCAGCCACUGUUCUUACCAUAGGUGUUUUUGAUAAUGGGCAUGUUAGCGAAAAUGGUUCACAAGGUAACAGAGACAUGAAAAUUGGGAAAGUUCGGAUCCGAAUCUCAACUCUUGAAACAGUCCGUGUUUAUACUCAUUCUUACCCGUUACUAGUUCUUCAUCCUUCCGGCGUAAAGAAGAUGGGAGAGUUGCAUUUGGCAAUACGGUUUUCAUGCACAUCAAUGGCGAACAUGAUGUGUUUAUACUCAAGACCACUUUUGCCUAAGAUGCAUUAUGUCCAACCAUUGACUAUGAUGCAGCUCGAUAUUUUACGUCAUCAAGCUGUCAAUGUAGUGGCUGCACGGCUCAGUCGAGCAGAACCCCCUCUCAGAAAAGAGAUAGUUGAAUACAUGACUGAUGCAGAUUCACAUAUGUGGAGCAUGAGGCGCAGCAAGGCGAACUUCUUCAGACUAAUGUCAGUUCUUAGCGGAUUAUUAUCUGUCGGGAAAUGGUUUAAAGAAGUUUGUAUGUGGAGAAAUCCCAUUACAUCAGGGCUGGUGCACGUUCUCUUUAUCAUGUUAGUCUGUGUUCCUGAACUGAUUUUGCCAACAGUUUUUGUAUACAUGUUUUUAAUUGGACUCUGGAAUUACCGAUUCCGUCCAAGGUAUCCUCCACACAUGGACACGAGAUUAUCGUAUGCCGAGUCAGUACACCCUGAUGAGCUUGACGAGGAAUUUGAUACAUUUCCCACCCGACAAAAUACAGAUCUUGUCCGAAUGAGGUAUGAUCGUUUGCGUAGUGUAGCUGGUCGAAUUCAGACAGUGAUAGGCGAUAUCGCAUCCCAAGGGGAGCGACUACAGGCGCUGCUGAGUUGGCGAGAUCCUCGUGCCACCAUCAUAUUCAUGGCAUUCUGCAUACUUGCUGCCAUUGUAUUAUAUGCUACACCUUUCCAGUUACUGAUUAUUCUCACUGGAUGUUAUGUGAUGAGGCAUCCCAGAUUCCGACACAAGUUGCCUCCCGCUCCACUCAAUUUCUUCCGUCGUCUGCCUGCGAGAACUGAUAGCAUGUUGUAAGUUUUUCAGGUUCACUUUCAACUUUUGUGGGAGAUUAUCGAUUUUCGUUUGUCAAUUUUUGUAUGUUCCUAGCCGACUUGUUUUCGAUAUUCUCCGAAAUGUGUAACACUAUUACAUAUCGUAUUAUGUGUUAUAGCAUCUCUCAUGUAUGGUCCAGUUGCUAUUCCAGAUCUUUUGUAUGAUUGGUUAUGCUCCAAAACAACACUAUGCUGUUGAUCUAUCAGUACUUUAACAUUCUCAAAAGGCUGUUUUAAUGCAGUUCUGUAUCGUUUACUGUUUUUCCCAAGUUUGUAUCGAGUAGUUGGGAACGAGUAGCUAACUUAAAAUUUAUUGGAAAGUAAUUGUUUA